AAAACCGUCAGUCAUUUGUUCAAAAAAAUUUUAUUUUUAUUUCAUUUCGAACAACAUUGUCCACAUAAUCAAAUUUCGAACUGUUUUUAGUGUGUGUUUUUUUUUGUUUUGUUAAAUCAUUGUCCAACAUUAAUAACAUCGAACAUCGAAAACAUGUCAGAAAUUGAAUCAUUACGUGUACGUUUCAAUAAAGAAGUGGAUGAAAAUCCAUCACUAUAUCAUCCAAUUGAUGUAGAACGUGUACAGAAAGAAGAAUGGCAAGUUAAACGUUAUCUACAAGAAUUUAAUAAUAACGAAGAACAAGCAUUUGAAUUGAUGAAAAAAGCAUUACAAUGGAAAAAAGAAUUCGGCAUACAUGAUCGUACUGAUCAAUAUUUUCCAUUAGAAUUUUAUGAUUCAACUGAAUUUCUUGGCCGUGAUAAACAAGGACGUUAUGUUCAGCUUGAAAUAUUUCGUAAUCAAAUUCAUUUUAAAGAAUUAACACUUCUUUAUCGCCAAUAUGUUGUCCAUAAUCUUGAACGUAUUGAUCGUAUGGCCGGUGAACAAGGUUUCAUACUAUUGAUGGACACUAAUGGUGCUGGUGUUUCCAAUAUCAAUCUAGAUUUGACUAAAUUUAAAUUAAAUGUCAUUGAAUUAUAUCCAGGAAGUUUGCAACAAUUUUUUGUCAUCGAUCUACCAUGGUUAUUGAAUCCAAUUAUGAAAAUAAUUGUAGGUUUUAUGGCUGCCAAAAUACGUGAAAAAUUAGUAUACAUUAAACGGCAACAAUUAUUGGAUUAUAUGGACGAAGAAAAUCUACCCGUAUCAUUGAAUGGUAAAAAAGAUAAGUCACAUAUGCCGGACAAUCUUGAACGAUUGGAAAAAUGUUUCGAACGUUUUGCAUUGAACGAAAAAUUUGUCGAUCAAUAUUAUUCAACAAGAAAAAUUAAACGAUCCAACUAAACUGGUGUGGUGACUAGAAACAAAACAAAACAAAAAAUUUCAAUGACAAAUCAAUAACUAAUUCAUAACAUUUCGACAUUUAUUGAUUGAUUGAUUAGACAAUGUAUAGAUAAAUAAACAAAAAAAAAUUUUGUACUC